AUGGAUGAAAAAACAUUUCUUUCUUCAAUUAGUCCAACAGUUUUCAAAACAAGAGUGACAGAAUCAAAAUGGACAAAACUUUUUGUUCUUGCCUCAAUUUUACAACUUUGUUGUGUGGUUUCAUUAGAAGCUCGAGUACUUCAUAGAAACAAUGACUUUAAGAAAUCAGUUUCAACCCGAUAUGAAUUUCAUAAAGCAAGAUUAGAACAAUGUAAUCUUAAACCAUCAAUCGAUCGUAUGUCACUUAUUGCACAAGAAAAUAUCGUAUUUAUGGUUUUUCAAUUAUUCCAACUUUGGUUUUGUCUGAAUGCGAUUUAUAAUCAGAAUGUAAUGCAGAUUAUUACAAUUGCAGUAAUAAAUUUUAUAUGUGGACUUUUCGGAAUUGUUCAAAUCUUCGAAAUCUUAAAAUGGUGUUCAGAUUUGGAUAAAGCUUGUGCAGGAGAAUCGGCUUACAUUGAUAAAAAUUUUGGGGAAUUUGACGUCCCACUUGUAAUAUGUUUAAUUUUAUUUGCAACAAUUAUUGCAUUCUUGAGUUUUAAACUUUAUCAGCAAUUUGGAUGGAAUAUAUAUAAGAAGAUAGGAGCUGAUAUUAAAAUUCAAAGUAUAUGA